AUGGAGGAGCUCAAGAACAGGGGGCAAAAACGAGAGGGAAGGCACAGGGACACGUGGGAUCCCUUCCAGCUGAACCCCAUCGGUGCUGAGAAAGAAAAGAAGAGAGCAUGUUUGAUGCUAAUGCAGCACCUGAUGGCAGUGGUUGUGGGUGUGCUGGUCCUGGCCAGUGCUGUCAUCAGCAAGGGUUCUCUACUUACAUUGGCCACUCUGUCCGGCACAAACUCUCUGAGAAGUAACACUGAGAAACAGUUUUACAUGCUCCUGUUGAUGUGUGUCCUGAUAACACCCAACCUGCUGGUGUUCCUCAAGUGUCUAUGGAAAUGUGCCUUCAAAAGUUAUGUUGCACCCAACAUGAAAACCAUGGGCAUUAUUUCAGCUAUUGAGAUCUCGGUAGCACUGGGGACUUCGAUUGUGGUUCUGAUUGUGAUGCCUCAGUUUGACGUGCUUACCAACCUCUUCAUAACUGGAGGAGUCUGCAUAGUCACAGCCAUUCUCCACAUUGUCUUCCGCCUUCAGCAUCAGAACUGGAUGAUCAUCUUUCCUAUUUGCUCCUUGGUUCUAGUGCUCACUGGAUACGGCCUACUGAUUACCGACUACUACGUGCGAAUAUCUUCAUUCGUGUCAGAUCUAAAGGAAGACUGUUACAUAUAUGUAGCUCUUGCUAUAUUCGGUUCUCUGCUCGUCUCUCUUAACUGGUGGGAGAACUCACUGCAGGCCAGCAACAAUAUUCAGGAAAUGCUUAAUGAACUGGAAGGCUUUAGAGACUUCGUCUAUAUGAUUACUAGUCUCUUGAGGAUUGGUGUCACUAUUGGUGUGUACUUUUUCUAUUAUCUACUGUUGGCUGAGAACCGUUUGGACUUUGAAGCAUUUUCAGAAAUCAGUAGCAGUACCCUUGAAAUAGGCCUUGGCUUGUUUUUCCUUCAAGCAUUUGGCUCAGCUGCCUGCCAUUGGUUUGGUGUUGUGGCUUGCAAGAUCCAUGCUGUGAGGAUGAGCUUCGCAUUUCCUGUCUCAAUUACAGGCCCUGUCACUCUGAUUGUUGGCCUAGCCAUUUUUUUAACUAAAGCCGGCAACUUGGAGGAGACAUCAGAAGCUGCAUACGUUUCUGUUUCGACACAGAACUACACACCAAUUUACAACCCUUUCUUGGACUUUUGUGAUGGUCUUGGAAAGCUUGAGGUCACCAACACCACUCCGAUAGUCCUCCUGGAGCUUUCCAACAGUAUCUGCAAAACCACGCUAAACAGCACCUAUGAAAUCUGGCCAUUUUCUAUGCUGGUGCUUGAGGGGGUCUGUAUGUGGCUUGGAUUUGUCACAUGCACGUAUUAUGUCUGGAACAUGAAGGUGCCGCGCAUUGAAAGGACGGCUCAGCUCUUCGUAAGGCGUCUGUAUGAGUCGGCCUUUAUUGACCUGUCUCUGCUGCUGAACACCAAACUUAAAGUGAAGGACCCAGAAAGUCUUGACGAUGUGGAGAACUGUGUCAUUUACCUCUGUGCCACAAUGUGGCAUGAAACCUAUGAUGAGAUGCUCAAGAUCCUUACUUCAAUGUUCAGACUGGACAGAUACAGAGGGGAUCCAAAGGAAUUCCACAAGGACUGUUUUGACUUUGAAUGCCAUAUUUUUGUUGAUGAUGCCUUUCAGCAAGAUAAAGAAAGUGAGAAAACGUUUGUCAAUUCUUAUGUGGAAGAUCUAAUCGAUGUGGUCAUGGAAGUUUACAGAGUUUUCACAAAUAAAGAGCCAGAUGAGGUUUCUAUCUAUGAAACACCAUAUGGUGGACGAAUUGCAUUUGUGCUACCAGAGGGAAAUAUGCUGUUUGUCCAUCUAAAGGACAAACAACUCAUCCGAAACAAAAAGAGAUGGUCACAGAUAAUGUACAUGUACUAUCUUCUCGGAUGGAAAGGUUAUAUAGUUAAAAAUCCCCAAAAAGUAACAAGACAGAACAAUCCAUGUCGUGCCAGUCUUAUAUCACUGGAUGGACAGACUUACCUCUUGCCAAGUUUUGACAAUGACAGCAAAAGGAGACACAUAGCAGAUAACAACACGUACAUCUUAGCUUUGGAUGGAGACACUGACUUCCAGCCCUCUGCAGUGAUUUUAUUGAUUGACCGUCUUCGAAUGUAUGGCAAUGUGGGUGCCGCUUGUGGAAGAAUUCAUCCGACUGGAAUGGGGCCGAUGGUGUGGUAUCAGAAGUUUGAAUACGCUGUGGGUCACUGGCUACAGAAGACUGCAGAGCAUGUGUUUGGAUGUGUACUUUGCAGCCCUGGAUGCUUCAGCUUGUUUAGAGGGUCAGCUCUGAUGGACGAUAAUGUGCUGAAAAGAUAUACCACCAAGGCCACCAGAGCUUCAGAGUAUGUCCAGUAUGACCAAGGUGAGGACCGGUGGCUCUGCACGCUGCUCCUUCAGCAGGGUUGGAGAGUGGAGUACAAUGCUGCCUCAGAUGCCUACACCAAUUCUCCCCAGGAAUUCAAGGAGUUCUACAAUCAAAGACGUCGCUGGGGUCCCUCUACCCUUGCAAACACUUUAGAUCUACUAUACAGUGGGAAAGAGACUGCGAAGAGAAAUUCCUCCAUCUCUAUGCUCUACAUUUUCUACCAGAUUUUCACUGUGGCUUCUUCUAUUCUUGGACCUGCAUCUGUCACCUUGAUGGUAGCUGGGGCUUUCCAGUUUGUGUUUUCCAUCCCAGGAACUUUGUCCAUAAUCAUAGCUGUCAUACCGCCCGUUUUUUACAUCCUUAUUUGCUUCCUGACAAAAUCUAACUUCCAGAUUACCAUUGCCGCUAUUCUUAGUGUCUUGUAUGCAUUUUUGAUGACGGCAUCAUUUUUCUCUAUUAUUGGCGACAUGGUCAAGGAAGGCACCUUCAUCACGCCCACAGGAGUAUUUCUGGUCUCCAUGACUGUCCUUUACCUAACUACAGCAAUCCUUCAUCCCCAAGAGUUUGGAAUGAUUGUCUAUGGGCUUAUGUACUUUCUCUGCAUUCCUAGUGGCUACCUCCUUCUUACUAUCUACUCCAUGGUAAACAUGAACAUAGUCUCAUGGGGCACUCGAGAAUCAAACAAGGAGAAGGAGGAGAAAAAGCAUGUCGGAAUUCUGUGCAACCGCAACUGUAAACUCUGCUGUUGGGACGUAAACAUCCAAGUCACCCAAGAAACGGAGAACCUAAUGCUUCAACAAAUCCAACAAGCAGUUAAUCCAAAUGCCCAACCUGUCAAGACUGAGAUGGAGAUGACUGCCCAGAGUUCUCAGGAAGAUGAAACACACAGUCACUCUGACAAGCACUCUGAAAACACGAAGGAUUUUCCACAAAGGGUAAAAGGCAUUAAGGAACACAUGGCCAUUUAUGAGGAUCAAGAGACAACAUCAGUGCAUAGUGGUAGCGAAAUCAGCAGUGCACAGAAAACAUACACAACAUAUGAGGAUGACCUGGAUUCAUAUGUCGGCCUAGAUGGGCGGCAAAUGGAGGCAGUCCCUGAGGGCGAUUGGGUUGAUCCAGUAAAAAUAGUAUUUCUCAGGAAGCUUACCUAUGCUAAUCUAAAGAGGAACCUCCAGGAGCAGAUUAGAUACACCCUAAGGAACAAGAACAUGGAAGACUUGUGCGAGGACCUGGUGCAGAUUCUAACUGAUACUCUUAACAUGGAACUAAGGGACAAAGUGGGCCCCGAGGACAUACUGUCUGAUAGCCAGCUAGAAGAACUGCAGGACACCCUGAACGAGUCAGCCAGGAGGGUCCUGAAGACCAACGGCGCCAAGAGGCUGCAGGCAAGAGUAAAACGAGCUAUCGAGAGAACCCUUGUGGCCCCCCAAGUUGUGAGACUCAGUGAGGAUGAGACAGACUUCUGGAACAAGCUGAUCGAGCGCUACCUGAAACCCAUCAACGAUCCGAAAAGUCAUCUAGAGCUAGUGGAACGGGAAUUGAAGUCCCUCAGGAACAAGGCUGUAUUUCUGUAUUUCAUCGUUAAUGUUCUAUGGGUUGUGGCCACAUUUUUCCUUCAAGCCAUUGGCAAUGACGUGAUUAGCAUCGAGAUACCCAAAUAUUUGCCAAAUGGCAGUCUGGCUGCUGAACCUUUGAGGGUGGAACCGCUGAGUUUAAUGUUCCUGCUGUCUUUUGCCAUUCUUUUGUUGAUCCAGUUCGUGGCUAUGCUUUACCACAGAGUUUACACCCUGAUCCAUGUGCUGGCCUACAGAAGCACAGAAAAAGACUACAAAGAAAAGGAUGAAGAUGAUGAGGCACUGAUCGUGGAGAAUCAGAUGACCAAUGGUCUUGUUAUAACCAGUGAUGACUUGUGAUGACAUUAUUCAAAAACGUGAGGAACGUCUAGGUUUGCACAUUUACUUAUAAUUGCACUAGUGAAAUACAUUUGUACAAGUUUUAUUGUACUACCAAACAAACACAAAUCCAGUACAGUCUGUAACAAAUCAUAAAAGAGUAUUGAUUCUGUGAUUCUUUUAAAUGUCAAGCUAAUGUAAUGAAAGAUGUAACUGAAAGACUGAAGUUCUGAAUGUACUGUAUCUUUGUAAUGUUCCAAAUA